UUUCUAAUAAUUGAAAAGCAGUUAACAGGCAAUUUCUGAAAGUGAUUACAAAAAAGUAUGCGAUCUUAUUGUCCUUCCAAACAUGCCAACCACAGUUUGAGCAAAUUAGUUAUUUCCUUGUCUCCCAGAGUUCUAAAAUCACCAGAGACUACUGUCAUGAAAAAUAAAUAUAUGGAGCAUUUUUGGAUGAUACCAGAUCCUCUUUGUCCAGACAGGAAUUAUGAAGAGCUGAUGUAUUGGUUUCCUCUUUAUUCCAUUGCAACCAUCUUCACUUUUCCAUUUCUUUCUUGGAAGUUGACUUUUUCACAUUUUGAAUGAAUCUGUUGCAGAGUGUAUAGCAACUCAUCCCACCUAAUUUGCUGCAAUAUCCUACUAUAUGGUGCUGCUCAAGUGUAUGAUACUGUAUGGUACUGCCCUGUUCUUUCACUGCUGUUCCCUUGAGUGUAUAACCAGCUGCUUCUGUACCAGACUGGUUAAAUAACAGCUUAACCAAUUCUCAUGGAUUUCAUUUGGCUUAAUGGGUCACAAAUAUAAUCACACCAUACGCCUACAUCAUUUACUAGGAAUUCACAUUACUUGAGAAUGCUGUGAUAUACAUAAUGUCAACCAAGUAUUCCAACAUACUCUGAGUUUUUUUAAAUGAUGAGGAUAGAUUAAAUAGCCAACAAGCCCCUGGACUUUUAUAACAUAUGGAUUGCACAUGGGCUUGAAAGCUAAGUAAUCUUGUGCCUGAUAACUUAGAUGAAAAUCAUAGGAAAUACCAGAAGUGCAAAUUAGAAAGGACAACAAAUUCAUUGUUGUAUUCACAAAUAAUAUAUAGUGUGUCAUAUUAUACAAUAAAAUAAAUAAUAAGAUUGCAAAUUAUAAAUUAUGACUGUAAAAAGAGUAAUGGAUGUAAAAGGUUACAGCAAAAUGAAUCCAAAGCUACAAUUAAGAAAUUACAUAUUUCUUUGAAAGUUUAAAUGACAGUAAAGCAAAUGUAACAAGAAAAUAGUUCAUUUUUUUAAGGUCUGAGCACUUAAGUUCACUGCCAUCAGUAAUUUCGCUCUGAUCUCAUUGUAAAUGAGACAGUGGAGGACAAAGUGGUUAAUGUCCUCCACUUAACCAAUACUGCAAGGUCAUAGAUAUUGUUUGAUAGCGACUUUACAAAGUCUUCUUUCAAGUUUUGCAGAUAUCACGAUCGGCGGGUGAAGGGAAGUUAAACCCCUUUUCACUGAAGCACUGGAAUCGCUUUCAAAAAGCCUAUAUGUAAUCCUACAUUCUCCCAAAGGUGGUAGAGAACAUAUUUGUAGAAUGGGUGACAAAAGGCUGGACCAUUGAUUCUUAAAUAUUUACUCAAAUGGUGAUGGUCUUACCUCCAUCCUUAAAUAGGCAGCAGGAGUGCCCUAAGGGCACUCCUAAGUAAAUCUUACUAAUGAGGUUAUUUUGGGCUACUUUCAAUUGGGCAGUAUUCAGACUGGACUAGAUAGUAUAAAACAAGGUGUCAUGGAAGACAGCAAUAAUAAAUCACUUCCAAAAUGUGCCAGGAAAAUUGCAUAGAUUUGUUCAUGGAAUCACUAGGAGUCAAGUUUUUCUUGAGGGUAUAUGUCUAAUAUUUUAAAGUUAGUCUCUUGACGUUGUCAUCUCAAUGUUCUUUUUUUCUGAGAGCCAAAGCUAUCCAUCAGGAUGUGUGGUAAUCUUUUUCAAUCUAAAAGUGUUGCAAACAAUUGUUCAACUGUUAACAAUUGUAGGCCAUGAGUUAAAAAACAACCUUUCUUGCAUUUUACUAGCCUGUUUCAGAAAAAAACAGAUGGGGGAUUAUUUCCCUUUGCCCCCAUGUAGUAGGUUCUAUAUACCUUCUGUUCUAUAGUUAAACAUAAAAUGUAGGCAUUAAACCUAUGUUCUCUUUUCCUCCAAAGAUAUAAAAUAUAUUAAAAAUGACUUUAUAUAAGGCCUACCUGCUGAUUUCCACAGUAUAAACCAAAAGAUCAUUGCAGUAAUUGUCAUAUUUUAGGGAGGUUGGAGGAAGGGGAACAGUAAAAAAUAUUAGUCACAUAAUUGUCCCUUUUUGUGUUCAAAAUUAAAAAAGGACGCAUGGUUUCAGUCCUGGCUUUGUUUGAGUUCCUUGGGGGAGGAAGUAUAUAUCUUGUAGUAUUUUAUCAUAGGUCACAUUUGGGUUGAGAUAAUAGAUGGUUACUAAUACAUGUUUACUAUGACACUAUAAAGACAGGUUAUGACACAGUUAAGGUUAUUGGAUGAAAUGAUAAAAAGCAACUUCCUUUGAUUUAACCCUGAACAGUGAAUAGGCAUCUUAUCUGAAAUGUAAAGGAUGUUGAAAUUAUUUGAAAAAUACAUCAAGGGAACCAGGCUGCAAAUGGAUGAAUGCUGAUCUGAUCUUGCAGUUCUGAUUAUCAUUCUUCUUCUUUCAUCUGUAAGACAGCCUAUUCCAGACAUACUGUAAUCUAUCCCCUUUGUACAUUUUUAAUAACAAUGUCUGGUACAUUAUGUUUUAAGUACCAGUAAAUCUGAACUUUGAAAUCCCUAAUAAGUAGUAAUAGCAGCAGCAGCAGCAGCAGGAGGAGGAGGAGUAACAGUAAAUAGUAGUAAUCUGAAAGUUAUGACCUGAAAUCUUUGGAGGAGAACAGAAUGCUAGUUUCCUGUCCACAAGGUUUUUAAAUUUUAUGUUUGAAGAGAGGUGUCUAUUAUAUCAAUCAGACAAACAUCUCCCAUUCAAGGAAAUUAAGAAAAACUAGGGAUUAUUUUCCAUAUUAUAUGGGGCUACUCUUCUUCUCUCAAAAAAGAGAGUGGCUUCCAAUUAUAUGAGAUGUAGAAAGUCUACUGGCAUGGCAUGUGGAGAGGAUCUUUUAAUGUUAUAACAGGAUGAAAAUGGUCCCCCAAACUGAACUAAAUCCUGUGCCAGGUUGUUUCUUAAGAGGGUGCUUGGUUAAGCAAUGAAAUGAGCUCUGCACCCUGGCCAAAGUUCAUAUGCUCUGACUAGUUUUGCCUUAAAAAUGUUUUCGUGGUCAUCAGUAGCAUGGAACAAGAACAUAUAUUGGUCCAUAUCUCAUGAAAAUUUCCUCUCCUUGGUUCUAGAUCUUUCCAGCUUUCAAAAACAAGUCACUCAUUUCAGAAGGGUGCCUAAUAGGUUUUUUAAAUACUUCACCAAAGGAUGCUCACCUAACAGAGUACUUCUACUUGUUCCUCUCUCGUUUCAAACAUCAAUAUCUACAGUACUUAUCAAAAUCCUGGAUAAGUAUUCAGGCUUUGUGAAAAAAAAAAUGAAAAUACAGACUGGUUUUAUCUGCAAGAGACUGAGUGCCUGGCCAAAAAAAAAAAAAGAUAUAAUAUAAAUUCAGAAUGAUUUAUUCUGUUGUGGUUCAAUCUUUUUCUCAUCUUUCAGAAUACAUACCACAUGCAGUUCUGGAGCAUUCCCUCCCACACUCUCUGCUGACAUACUUCUGUGUCAAUGUCCCUCCUCUAUCCUUCCCACAGGCAACACCAAUUGAUAGCUUGAAUCUUUAUAGAAGGGCCACCCCCUUUCUCCACCCUGGGAUAUCUGUUUACCUUCCCUAGUGUUAUUUGUUCCUCCAUAUUUAUCUGCACCUUUAUUCCAGCAACAAUGGAUCUUCUCUUACUCACCUUCACACUAAUUGUGAUCUUUCUACUUUAUCAAUGGAGCAUGAUCUUCAGAUUCCUCUGCAAGUUGGCCUUACUCAGUUGCUGGGUUUUAUUCCUGUCUAUCACAAUAUCCCCUUGGGUAGCUGUAUUCAUUGGACAAAGAGUGGAAAACAUGAAGUUACUCUGCUCCUGCAUUCGUCUACUCAAAUAUAUCUACAACAUCACAUUCACUGUGCAGGGCUCUGAGAAUUUGAAUAUCAAGCAAUCAUAUGUGAUUGUUUGCAACCAUCAGACAAAUUUUGAUCUUCUUGCAAUGGCAGAGGUCCUGCCAGAACGUUGUGUACCAAUUACCAAAAAAGAGCUGCUAUACUGGGGGCCUCUGGGUUUCUCUGGUUGGUUAUGCAACUUAGUUUUCAUUGAUCGCAAGAAGAAGCAUCAAGCAAGGGAUACCUUAAGGCACCUUGCAGAGAGGAUGCAGCAUGAGAAGCUGAGGAUAUGGGUUUAUCCAGAAGGUACCAGGAACCGAGAGGGCACCAUGCUUCCCUUCAAGCGGGGCGCCUUUCACUUGGCUAUAAAGGCUCAGGUCCCUAUUGUCCCCAUUGUGAUAUCUUCUUAUGCAGAUUUUUACAGUUUCAAGGAUAAGAGAUUUGAGCCAGGUAAUAUAAUUGUUCGGAUUUUGCCCAAGAUAGAAACACAAGGGCUUGACUUACAAGAUAUUUCUGGAUUGGUUGAGAGCACUCACAGAAUGAUGCAAGACACUUUUAAUGACAUUUCUGGGAAGAUUGUACAGAGAAGGAUGAGAGACAGUAACUGCUAGUGAUCAUGGAAGCUUCAGAAAAAACACUGGUUCAUGAUGGAAGUAAAAUAAGAACAUUUCUCUCUUAAACAAGGCCAGGAAUCAAUUUUAUCCUAAGCUGGAAAAAGACUAGCACCAUACAUUGUUACCUUGCUAUAACAUACUAACUACAUAUGAUCUUUUCCAUAGAAUCCAUUUUAGAGAUGAUGCGUACAAUAAGAGGAAGAUCUCUGUAUCCACUUAAAUCCACCAUCACUAAAUAUGGUCUGUUUGAUAAUAUACCUGCCAUCCAAGACUUGAGUUAUAAUAUGUACUUUAUUACUGAAAGUAAAUUAAUUUGAAUUAAUGUUAAAGCUGUGAAAAAGAGGUGCUGUGGGAUUCCCAAGAUAAAAUAUGUGAAUCUACUUUGAAUGAGAUACAUUAUUGUAUCCAGGAAGUCAUCUUAGGAAAAACCUGAAUGAGUCACUCAACAAAGGUGGAUUAGGCAACCCAGUCAGAGGGGCAAAAAUGUGUUCCCAAGGUGUGAUCUUCCAGACUUCUCCUCAAAGUAUCACUCUAUACUACGGGUGUCAAACUCGCCAUGCCACAUGACGUGUCAUGACGUAUCACAACUUUUUUUGCAUUGCCGGAGCAGGGGUGGGUGCGGCCUCUAUGUGAUGCAACCUGCCUGCGGGCCAGCAGCAUUAACACCCCUGCUCUAUACUAUCGUGUUGCAGAUUAUUCUGACUGUAAUACAGACCAUUCCUUAUAUGGAACUAUUCUAGCAAUAUUCAGACUCGCCAUUUGGUUGGAAGAUUCCAAAAUUGAAUAUUUUUUGUAUCACCACAUUCUGCAAGUACAGCCAAUUGUACAUAGCUUGUUUUAAUUGGCUGCUACUGUACAGUAUUAAUCUUGUACUCUUUGUGUUUAGAUUUAUAAAAUUGCUAUGAGGGAUCAUAUUUUAUUCUUCAUUUCAAAUGUUUUGGGCAGACCAAAGAGUAGGAGUAGAGAAAUAUAAAUAUAUUCUAAAGAUAUGUAGGAUGCAUUAUUCUCAGGUGUUUGAGGUUAAAGAGUGAUUGGAGCCCUAAGCAGACUUGUAAGUUGGCUGCAGCUCUAAUAUUUAAAGAACAGUUGCUAUAAAAUCAUAAAAGAAAGGUUAGAGUUUACCACAUUUGGAAGGUAGAGGUUCAACACUGGAAGUUUUUAAGAAGAGAUUGGACAACGGUUUAUCUAAAAUGUUAUAUGGUUUUCUGUCUAAGCAGGGGGUUGGACUAGAAGACCUCCAAAGUCCCUUCCAACUCUGUUAUUAAAUUCUAUUCCAUUCUAACUCUGAAAUUCCUAAAAGAUUCCACUCUAACAUGAAGUGUUUGAGAGUUUGACUCUCCUUUUAAACAUUUUCAGCCUUGGACAUCUUAUUUGAAACUAAAUCACUAAGCAACCUUUGGAAAUAUUAAGAAAAAGCUGACAUGGAAUAUAAUCUGUCUGAGAUCUAUUAUGCCCAAAACUCUGUUCUGGGGCUGAGGCUAGAAGUGAUCUCUGUUGAUCGUACAUAGCACGGAAGUACAAUUUCUAAAAGACCAACCCAGCAAUUAAGACUGUUCUCAUAUUUAUUAUCAGAAGAUCUCUUAUCUAUGAUCUGAAGGAAGUGCCUAAAUAUGAACAUGAAGUAUGGAGUUUUCUUCCUUGUAACAGCGGGAUAUUGCCCAAUGUCCCAUGUGAAUCAGGUUCUCAAAAAGCAGGUCUUUGACUAGCUAUGCUGAUAAUAAUUGCAAGACGGAGCUGGCAAUUAAAACGUGCUAUAUCUGAUAUAGAACAGCAGACAAAGGUGAAUGUUCCUAUUAUAUUCAGAAAUUGUGUUAAAGAAACAUCACUUCAGUUAGCAUUGCAAGGCAAGCUACUUUUAUUGUGUCCAAACCUCUUCAAAAUGCUGAAGAUAAUAGAAAAGUCUGGGUUUGACUGAAGGAAAAAACAUUUUACUUUUUGCUUUUUCAAAAAUAACUGGAAUUUCUUGGGUUUUUAAAAAGAAUGUUUUGCUUCUCAUCCAAGAAGCUUCUUCAGUUUUGACUGAAUGGUGGGGAAUGGAAGGAUUUAUAUUGUUUGCAGUCAUUUGGUCAUUAGCACUCUGAGGGACAGUCGUUAGCUCUCUGAGAAUCAUGAGGCCACUUUAUCUGUAUCCUCAAAAUCACCUGAGUCAGAGUGCCAAAUGGCUAUGGAACAUUCUUGGGAUUGCAGAAAGGACUGUGUUGUAGACAGUGGGUAAUUGAUGUUGUAUCCCUCCCCCUAUAUUGAGAGAGGGCUGUCCAAUUUUAACAUAGAUGGUCUCUUUGAUCUCUAAUUUAAACCAAUGGCCCUUUCUGUCCAGAAUGUGAACUUUACUAUCUUCAAAAGAGUGACCUUUGUCGUUCAGAUGCCUGAAAGUUUUUCAGCAGUUUCAAGAUGGUUUCAUACUCAUUUGCACUCUGAUUCAAGAGACUCUGAUGAUACAGAUAAACCUUCCAAGUGGCCUCAACAACUUUCAGAAA